AUGUAUAUGAAUCAGUUGAUUCUCCUAAUUCUCAUGGUCGGAGUAACCUGGGCUAGGGUAGAGGAGAUUCAUGAUCCCGAGCAACUAACUGGCCAGAAACUGGUGAACAAUCGGCUCUUGGAAGGCAUGGCCACCAACAAGUAUACGCCUCCAGAAGAAAAGGAUCCACAGUUCUGGUACAAUUUGGCAUAUGAGGAAUUAGCCAAAAGACUCGAGUUGCCACAACCCAAUGCAAAGAAGGCCAAGAACAUCAUAUUCUUCCUGGGCGAUGGCAUGUCCCUCUCCACUGUGGCAGCAGCGCGAAUCCUGAAGGGACAGCGUCAAGGAAACACUGGCGAGGAGUCCUCGCUCAGUUUUGAGCGCUUUUCCCACUCCGGCCUGAGCAGGACCUACUGUUCCAAUGCCCAAGUGCCCGACUCUGCCUGCACAGCCACCGCUUAUCUGUGUGGCGUGAAGACGAACAUUGUCGAGAUCGGCGUCAGUGCUGCCGUCGACUACAACAAUUGUACCGCAAGCCAAGAUCCCGUCAAUCGUUUGACCUCAAUUGCGGAGUGGGCACAGAAUGCGGGCAAAUCAAGGUUCGUGACCACAACAACUUUGACUCAUGCCAGUCCAUCGGGUGCUUAUGCCAAGACUGCGAAUCGCUUGUGGGAAUGUGACACGGAUGUAGCCUCUUAUGGCGUCGAUCCCACUCAAUGUAUUGACAUGGCCACUCAGCUAGUUACCCAAGUGCCCGGCAAGAAUUUCGAAGUUAUGUUCGGUGGUGGUUUCGGCAAGUUCGUGCCUUCGACAAUUCAGGAUCUUCAUGGCAAUCCUGGCGAACGUUCAGAUGGUGUUAACCUCUUGUCUAAGUGGCAAGCUCAACAUCCUGGUGGCGUUCUGGUCAGCAAUCGAAAGCAACUUCUAAGUGUUGAUACAACCUCUGUGUCCAGUAUUAUAGGACUCUUCCAGUCCCAGCUUAUGAAAUUCCAUUUGGAGGCGGAUGAAACCUAUCAGCCUACGUUGUCCGAGUUGACAGAAGUGACAAUCAAAAAGCUGACUCAAAAUAAGAAUGGUUAUUUUGCAUUUAUUGAGGGUGGACUCAUUGAUUAUGGCAACCAUUACAAUAAGGCUGGCUACGCUCUCGAUGAGGCGCUGGAAUUUGAGAAGGCAAUUCAGUUGGCUCGGGAGAUGACUGACAUUGAGGAUACUUUAAUUGUGGUCACUUCGGAUCAUGGUCAUACUUUGACCAUUGCGGGUUAUCCUGGUCGUGGCACGCCUAUCCUUGGACUUAAUCAUCAUGACACCGAUAUCAAUGGCGUGAAAUAUUCAGUGCUCAAUUAUGCUGUUGGACCCAAUAACUAUCUGGAUAGCGAGGGAAACCGCAUUGAUCUGAGCGAUCAAAUAGGCGGCAAUGAUUUUGUGUUUCCCAGCUAUAUAACGCAAGCGCAAGGCACUCACUCGGGUGAUGAUGUUGGCAUCUUUGCCUCAGGUCCUCAAAGCCAUCUCUUUACCGGGGUGAUGCAGCAGAGCACCAUUCCCCAUAUGAUGGCUUAUGCUGCCUGUAUUGGCAGUGGACCGAAGGUCUGCGAUGAAGUGUGAGAAUAAAGAGAAGA